CCAAAACAACCAUCUGCCCCUCCAAAAAUCAACAAAUCAUCCUAUCCUAGCAAACAAAAACAUCAAAGAAGAUCUCUCACCUUCCCAUCAAGUUAAUAAAAAACGCGUCAUUAUGCCUAUCACCAAGGUCCACGCUCGUCAGGUCUACGACUCUCGUGGAAACCCAACCGUCGAGGUUGACGUUGUCACUGAGACUGGUCUCCACCGUGCCAUUGUCCCUUCGGGAGCUUCCACUGGCCAGCACGAGGCAUGCGAGCUCCGUGAUGGAGACAAGACCAAGUGGCGCGGAAAGGGUGUCUUGAAGGCUGUUGAGAACGUCAACUCCAUCAUCGGCCCGGAGCUGAUCAAGAAGAACGUCGAUGUCAAGGACCAGAAGUCCAUUGAUGACUUCCUCAUCGAGCUUGAUGGCACCACCAACAAGACCAAGUUGGGCGCCAACGCCAUCCUUGGUGUCUCUUUGGCCAUUGCCAAGGCCGGUGCUGCUGAGAAGGGCAUCCCACUUUACGCCCACGUCUCCGAUCUUGCUGGCACCAAGAAGCCAUACGUCCUCCCCGUCCCAUUCCAGAACGUCCUUAACGGAGGUUCCCACGCCGGUGGCCGUCUCGCUUUCCAGGAGUUCAUGAUCGUCCCAUCGCAGGCACCUACCUUCUCCGAGGCUAUGCGCUGGGGAUCUGAGGUUUACCACACCCUCAAGACCCUCGCCGUCAAGAAGUACGGCCAGUCCGCCGGAAACGUCGGUGACGAGGGUGGUGUCGCACCAGAUAUCGAGACCGCCGAGGAGGCCCUCGAGCUUAUCACCGAUGCCAUCAAGGAGGCCGGUUACGAGGGAAGGAUGAAGAUCGCCAUGGACGUUGCGUCCAGCGAGUUCUACAAGGAGGAUGCCAAGAAGUACGACUUGGACUUCAAGAACCCCAACAGCGACCCCGCCAAGUGGAUCACCUACGAGCAGCUCGCCGACCUCUACAAGAAGCUUGCUGAGACCUACCCCAUCGUCAGCAUUGAGGACCCAUUCGCCGAGGACGACUGGGAGGCCUGGAGCUACUUCUACAAGACCUCGGACUUCCAGAUUGUCGGCGAUGACUUGACCGUCACCAACCCCAUCCGCAUCAAGAAGGCCAUCGAGCUCAAGUCCUGCAACGCCCUCCUCCUCAAGGUCAACCAGAUCGGUACCCUCACCGAGUCGAUCCAGGCCGCCAAGGACUCCUUCGCCGCCGGCUGGGGCGUCAUGGUCUCCCACAGAUCGGGUGAGACUGAGGAUGUCACCAUUGCCGACAUCGUUGUCGGUCUCCGCGCGGGUCAAAUCAAGACUGGUGCCCCGGCCCGUGGCGAGCGCCUGGCCAAGCUCAACCAGAUCCUCCGUAUCGAGGAGGAGCUUGGUGACAAGGCCAUCUACGCUGGCGAGAACUUCAGGACCUCGGUCAACUUGUAGAUUUGUUGAGCGGUCACAUUUUGUUGUGUUCUUGUGAGCGAUGGUGGUGGAAUGGAAUGGAAUGGAAUGGGGCACGGAUAUAAAAAGGGGUAUACUCAUAUAGUUGCUGCUAGUUAUAGCCUUGGACCAAUCAAAGAUUGUUUAGUUGCUGGUCGAUUUAGAAACAGUUGAUUCAUAUGGGGUAGUGGAGAUUGUACUGUGCUAGUGCCGCCUGAAAGUUUAAAGGGGGAUUGUGUAUAACGACGGCAAUUAUGGGAACUGUAAAUUGAGGUAACGAUAUUCAGUUACUCAGGUUUACAAUCAAUACACUGGUCACUCAGUCACUCAGGGCUACAAUAAAUGAGCCAGUCGCUCAGUCACUCGAGGCUACAAUCAAUGAGCUAGUCACUCAGUUACCCAGGGCUAUAAUCAAGAAGCCAAGUUGCUCAGUUAUUCAGGGCUAGUAUCAAGAACCUAGUCAUUCAUAAGGAGUAGUUAAGAGACAGAUUCUAUCAGCAAUAAGCCAGUCGCUCAGUCAUCCAGGGCUACAAUUAAUACGCCAGUCGCUCAGUCACUCAAGGUUACAAUCAAUAAGCUAGCUACUCAUGAGGAGCAGCUAAGACAUAGACUCUAUUAGCAUAAAUACCAGUAUUAAUCCCCAGCAAAGUAGGUAGUAUAGUGUAGCCCCUGGCAGACGAGUAGUUAUCCUUGAGUGACUGCUCAUAACUGCGCAAUUCUGCCCAGGAGUAAAAUAUUGCCUAUAUUGCCACCUGUAACAAAGAUAAGAACAAAAAAACGACACAGGUCGGUUUUAGAAAAGAGUCAUAUCAUAUGCAUUCUAAAUUCUAAAUUCUCACGAAUGUAG